CAAUUUCAACAAGAUUGCCAUCCCAAUAGCAGCGCCAAAAUUAGCGUCUAGCAGUAGAACCAAGCACCCCAGAACAUGAAGAUUCUCUUCGCUUUCUUCAUCAUCUUCUCCUUUAUCUCCUUGUUUGUGGAGGUUUGUCAUGCAAGAACUGGACCUGGAGAGUAUUGGGAAAGGAUGAUGGGUGAACCCAUGCCAGAACAACUCAAGCAACAGCUUAAUCUAGAAGGAGCUUCUUCUAUUGACCAAGAUGCUCCUCAGAAGAAAACGGUCAGAUUUGCCAAAGAAUUUGAUGUCAAACAUACUUUGAUCAUAUACCAAAGCAAAGAUAAACCUAAAGAAGAUCCCAAGCCUGCAGUUGAGAUGAAGGAUGAAGAAAUCAAGCCAAAGAUUAAGGCGACCGGCCAGCCUUGAAAAAUUAAUUAAGGGCAUGAAUUGAAGAAAAAAAAAAAAAUACAGUCCUGUUCGUAUGGUAAUGUCCAAGUAUUUGUAGUUAAUUUCUGACAUUAGUGUUCAGAAGCUGAUCAGGGCAACUCUGUUAUUCAAUGUAAUCCUUGAUGGGUAAGGGAUUAUAGUGGAUAUGUUUAGUUCUGACCAAAUUUCUACAAAAUAGAAUUUUAGACUACUUAUUAAGUUAUAGCUAGGAAUAAUGUAAGGUUGGUUGUUUAUGAAAUCAAAGAGUGAUCCUGUU